CCCGUCCCCAGCCUAUCGUCCUUCCGUUUGUCCACCCACCAAUCUUUGUGAACAUCCAGAUACCACUUCCUUUUCGCAACUUCGACGGGCACGCGGCACCUCAGCCUGUCAACCUUUCUUCCUCAACGCCGAGACGUAGAGCAGCGCGAAGCAGACGCGUCAAAUCGUCUCUGCGUACCCUCGGAGGCUAUCCGCGGACGGUACCUUUGGGCGCAAUAGGCAAGGGUGGUCCAUCAGCUACUGGCUACUCGGAAUUCUCUCGUUGCCGAACCCAAGAUGCCUUCAACACCGUCGUCGAAUCGACAACACCCACACCUCCCCCCUCACCUGGCCUCGGGAGGUCAAGGGAGUGGGGCGGCUUCCUCUGGUGGAUCGGGCUCCUCGCCCACGCCCGCACUCCCGAUCGAGCCAUCUGACUCGCGUCAGCAGGCUUACUCGUAUUCGCAGAACUUGGGCGGACGCAGAGGUUCCACCGAUCCCUUGCUUCAUGCCUCGAUGGCUGCGAGUGCAAGUGCCAAUAUGGCCGCCCAACAUCACCAUCAUCAACAACAGCAACAGCAGCAGCAGCAACACCUAGGGCCCAGCUCCAAUGACUCGCCUUUCACUUCGUCUGUAGGAGGAGCAGGUGCGGGUGACGGCGCUGGCAGGAAACGCAAUGCAUCAUCCGCGAUGUUGGACAACGAUGGGCAAGGCCCUCCUGGUAUGACGCAUGGGCAAGCCGAACGCCGUCCCUCCUUGUCCGCUCUGAAUGCAUACAAUCCCUUUGGCACUUGGCCGGACUCUUUUCCUACUGGGCCGGCCAAUGCCGCCAACCACGACCCUGGUAACUUCUUUGCCACCCUUCCUACUACUCCCGCCAAUGGCGAUCAUAAACAUAGCGGCAUGAACAUGAUGGGCAGCGGCGCACCCUCCGCAAGUGCCUCGCAUGCCUAUGCGCAGCAUCCAUCCCAGCCGGCUGGAUCUCCAUCGUCGCCCGAUGCAGAGGACUCCAGCAGCGCAGGUCUCAAGUCGGCUCUACCCUACGCUCGAUCGCCAGAGUUGAGGGUAUCCCACAAGCUGGCAGAAAGGAAGAGGAGAAAGGAGAUGAAGGACCUCUUUGAUGAUCUGAAGAAUCUGCUGCCAAUGGGCGCCGAGGGUGCCGAUGCACAAGGCAACGGUGGCCCUAGCAAGAACAAGGAUCUGGGCAAAUUGAGCAAGUGGGAGGUAUUGAGCAAAGCGAUUGAGCAUAUCAAUGGCAUGAACUUCACGCAAGCCGCGCUCCUCAAUGAAGUGCAGAGCCACCGAGCUCAGCUCGGUCUGCCACCCUACACUCUGCCUACCGUGCCGAGCGCAUCAACAGAAGGCGACCGGGAGGGAGGCUCGAAGUAGUCGUCUGUGUUUUUCGGGCCAAGAGGGAUGUGCGCCUUGCUGGGGUACAAGCAAUGGCACGAGCUCAAUGACGGAGCUCUGCUCAGGUUUUCUUCUGGCAAACACUGCCACUCCUCUCUGCUGGUCCACUCAGCUUCACCUCUCGUCCUCGUCUCCUCGCAAGGUUCCUUGGCCGGAUCAUUCGCUUUCCACGUUUGGUAUGCCUGCACUCAGCAGUAGGACCUUCUUGUCGUAUGUCUCACCCGUCCGUACCCGUACCCUCCUUCUCACGUUGUCAUUACCCUCAGGAUUCGUGCGAUUCGUCCCCCGCUCUCGUCCCAUGUUGUACAUCUCUGCCAACAGCAGAGACGCCUCUCUCGUGAAUAUACAAUGGCGCAAUCUCACCUCAGCCCA